GAAUUUAUGUUAUAUAUAUAUAUAUAAAUUAUGAAUAUAUGGCUUCUGAAGUAAAAGUUUAGAUUUUAUGGAAGAUCAAGAAAAUUGUCCUUUGUUCCAACCAAUUAUACAAGAAGACGAAAUGGUGUUUAUUGACUCGCAAAAAGCAUCGAAGUCAAGUUUUGGUGAAAUUGAGAAUGAUCUGUCUACAAGUAUGGCAGAUGGCUUGAAAACAAUUGAAGCAGUACAUCGCCAAAAGCUAUAUGGUUUGAAUGAUUUUGAUGUUGGGGUGGACACACCACUUUGGCAAAAAUAUCUAAAUCAGUUCAAAGAGCCCAUGAUAUUGUUAUUACUAGCAAGUGGUUUUGUUAGUAUUUGUAUGGGACAAUAUGACGAUGCUGUCAGUAUAACUGUCGCAGUGAUGAUUGUUGUCACCGUUGCAUUCGUACAGGAAUAUAGAUCAGAUAAAUCAGUUGAAGCUAUUACAAAAUUAGUUCCUCCUUCUUGUCAUUGCUUGCGUGAUGGUGAUUGGGCACAUUUUUUAGCACAAGAUCUAGUGCCAGGUGAUAUUAUUUCAAUACAAACUGGUGAUCGAAUCCCUGCAGAUAUUAGACUGUUUGAGGCUCAUCAUCUACAAAUUGAUGAAUCAAGUUUUACUGGUGAAACAAAACCAAGCAGAAAACACACCCAAACAAUUGCUGGUAACAGUAACAUGUCAGAACGUAGCAACAUGGCGUACAUGGGAACAUUAGUUAGAUCAGGAAAGGGAAAGGGUAUUGUUUGUGGUACUGGCAUUCAUUCAGAAUUUGGUUCGGUAUUCCAAUUAAUGAAAGCUGAAGAACCUCCUAAAACACCUUUACAGAAAAGCAUGGAUCAGCUUGGAAAACAGCUGUCGACUUACUCCAUUUUGAUAAUUGGACUAGUGGUAUUGCUUGGUUGGUUUCAAAAGAGACGAAUACUGGACAUGUUUACUAUUGGUGUCAGUUUGGCUGUUGCAGCGAUUCCUGAAGGUCUACCCAUAGUAGUGACAGUCACAUUAGCACUUGGUGUGAUGAGGAUGGCACAAAGAAAUGCAAUUGUAAAAAGAUUACCUGUUGUAGAAACACUUGGCUGUGCUACUGUCAUAUGUUCUGAUAAAACAGGAACAUUGACGAAGAAUGAAAUGACUGUAACUGAUAUACAUCUUGCUGACAACAGGCAUGUGAAGGUUAGCGGUAUUGGUUAUUCAGACCAUGGUGAAGUUUUAUUAAAUGGUGUUGCUGCGACGGAAGCUACAGACACGGCUUUAACACUUCUCGUUAGAACUGCGUGUGUGUGUAAUAACGCGUCGAUCAGAAACGGAGUGUUGCUUGGACAACCAACUGAAGGUGCUCUCCUUGCUGUCGGAUUAAAGCUUGGUCUUGUGAGAAUAAAUGAAGAAUAUGAAUGUAUUGAUGAGGUGCCAUUUACGUCAGAACAAAAAUGGAUGUCUGUAAAGUGUAGGAAAAGAUGGUUACAAGACGAGGAUGAAACUAUAUACUUCAUGAAAGGGGCACCAGAAAGGGUGUUAGCACAAUGUACAUCCUAUUUCAAGAACGAUAUGAGCGAACCGUUGGUUGAAAGCUGCCGAAAGUCUUUGUUGGAAACUGCUCAGACCAUGGGAGGACGUGGUUUAAGAGUUGUUGCGAUGGCAUACGGGAGCGACAAAAAAAACUUAACGUACCUUGGCAUUGCUGGUAUGAUCGAUCCGCCACGCGACGGCGUGUUUGAUGCCAUCCAGACGCUCCUGCAUUCCGGCGUCGACGUCAAAAUGAUUACUGGUGAUGCAAGAGAAACUGCGGUCGCAAUCGCGUCAUCAGUUGGACUAACCUCAACUCCAUUGCACACACUAUCAGGUGAACAGUUGGAAUCUAUGGAUCACUACGAGUUAAAUAAAUGGAUAGACAAGGUUUCAAUAUUUUACAGAGUGAGUCCAAAAAAUAAACUUACCAUUGUAAAGGCGUUGCAAGAGCGCAACCACAUCGUUGCUAUGACAGGUGACGGCGUCAAUGAUGCUAUAGCGUUAAAGCGUGCCGACAUAGGGAUCGCAAUGGGCAAAUCUGGCACUGACGUCAGUAAGGAAGCAGCCGACAUGAUAUUAGCUGACGACGAUUUUAGUACAAUAAUGGCAGCCUUAGCUGAAGGAAAGGGAAUUUAUUACAACAUUCGAAACUUUGUUCGAUUUCAACUUAGCACGAGCAUUGCUGCAAUUUCGUUAAUAACUAUCUCCACCUUGAUGAAGUUACCCAAUCCAUUAAACGCUAUGCAGAUAUUGUGGAUUAAUAUCAUAAUGGACGGACCACCGGCCCAGAGUCUUGGUGUAGAACCUGUCGAUGAUGACAUCAUGAAGAAGAAGCCUCGCUGUGUUAAAAACCCUAUGAUAAAUUUAUAUCUAAUUAUACAAGUACUCACUUCGGCAUGUUUAAUCGUGUUGGGAACUCUAUUUAUAUUCUGGAGAGAGAUGGCGGAUAACAUUGUGACACCACGUGACACAACCAUGACUUUUACUUGCUUUGUCUUCUUUGAUAUGUUCAAUGCGUUAAGUUGCAGAUCGCAGAAAAAAUCAAUCCUUCAGAUUGGUUUCUUCUCCAACAAGAUGUUUUUAUACGCAGUGGGCGGCUCAAUAGUUGGACAAAUGCUCGUCAUCUACUUCCCACCUUUACAAAGAGUGUUCCAAACAGAAGCGUUGUCUGUUCUUGAUAUUCUCACGUUGCUUGCAAUAGCAUCCAGUGUCUUAAUAUUAGACGAACUGAGAAAAGUUAUAUUUCGACACCACCGUGGAAGAGUGAAAAAGAAGUACGGUGAUAAAUUUGAUAUAGUGUAAACAUUUUUAACCAAUGGUAUCGAUUUAAAGUUAGGUGUACAGAUUGGGCGUUUUUUUUCUGUAAAUAUGCAGUAUUAUUUAUAAUUUCGACAAUAUUUUUUAUACUAACUAGAAAGUAAUGUUUUAUAUCUUAAUACAUAUAUCCUACCCAACUCCCAACCCCAUGGUGAGGGCUAUUGUUUAUGGACAAAGACAAAAAAAAAAGAGGGAAUGAUUUUGGAGGUAAUGUGAACGUUAUUAAACCACAGGAGUUUCUUAUUUAAAAGCUGAACACUUUUUGCCAAGGUUAGAGUUGUUUUAUGGAAUGUAAUCUCAUUUCUCCCAAAUAAAAGUCCAGUGUGCUUACACUCAGGAUAUUUAAACAGGGUGGGCUUAGGGGCAUGUGGGUACAUGUGUUUUUCUUAUUGACCGAAGUUUCAGACAUAGCUGGGCUACUUAUUGACAUCGCAGAUUAGGGUCUGUCUACAAAAUGCAAAGCGAUCAGCACAGGCAGGUCAUUCUAAGAAGAGGUUAGCCAAAUUAAAAAUGUUUAGUACUUCGUUAGUUAUUUUUUUUUUACUUUGACUGUCGAAUAGUUUUCUAACCACCUGUACGUAGUAGUCAUAUUUUAUGACGCUUUGUGCAGAAGAGUGGCUAUGAAGCUAUGGAAGCUAUUUCUUAAAAAGUGGAUAGGCCAAUGCCCCUUGCUAUCGGUCUUGGAAUAAUACAAGAAAGUCAGGUAUUUUCUUUUUAACAUAUAUUGAUAUUGAUUAAAGAUAAAUUAAUAAAUACACAACUAGUAAGUACUGUUUUUAAUGUUGUAUAUAAUUUGGCUAUGAAGAAAUGUAGAAGAAAUUGA